AUGAACUUCAGCUACGUUGAUAGCGGUACUUUGGACAACGCCGUUUUAUUGGUUGAGCUGCUGUACCAAGUCAUCGCCCUCUCUCCCCCGCCUUUACCCCGGAUACAGGGCUCCCAUGAGUCACCUACUGAGUUAUCGAAAAUCAACAUGCCUCCAUUGAUUGACCUCCUUCCUUAUCGAGAUCAGAUCAUCGGUCUCUCCCAAAAAGGUGCAUCGCCUAGCUCUAUAUGUGAAACCCUUACUCUUGAUGUCAAUCCUCGUACGAUCCAAAGGCGGCUGGAAUGGGGUCAAAAGAAACCCAGAGUUACCCCUCCCACAAUAGACGAUACUCUCCACAAGCGUAUAAAAGAGCUUGUGUUGCAGGUUGGGCUCUCAGAUAAACAAAUCCUCCCAAUCCUCCAUAAAGAAGGGUUUGCGAUCUCUGAUCGUACGCUCCGGAAACGACGAAAACAGCUUGGUAUCUGUCGUCGUACGGACGAUCUAGAAGCACAGAGCGAGCAGUUCCAGCAGAUCAAAGAGCUCAUCGCUGAUGAAAUUAAUAUGGGCGAUAUUGAAGGUUAUGGAAGGACCUACCUCCAUCAGCAUCUACGUCGUCGUGGCUAUUUGUUUCCUGUGUAA